CGCCUCGCCCGGUCCGGGCGGGGGCAGCGGCUGUCCCGGCCGUUGGCGGCCGCGCGUGCGCGGUGUGCUGCGGGACACUGGCGAGCUGGCGCGGCGGGGAGGCCGGUGUGGGGCUGUGGUGGCGGCUGGCCGGGUGAAGCACCAGAAUGAAAGACAUGGACAAUAUCAAAACUGUCAAGAAAGAAUGGUGUAAAUCAGGAACCGAUGAUCAGAUUUUGAAUGGUACGGAACAAAACUGUGAAUACUUUGUAGAUAAUCUUUUUGAAGAAGCUCAGAAGGUUGGUGCUAUAUGUAUGCCCCCAACUACAGUCAAGAACCAGGUUGAUGUAAUCAUUAAACUUUGGAAAAAUGGGUUUACAGUAAAUGAUGGUGAACUUAGAAGCUACACUGAUGUUGCAAACCAGCAGUUCUUGGACUCCAUAAAAAAAGGGGAACUGCCUUUUGAGCUACGGAAAGUUUUUGAUAAAGAGGAGGUAGACGUGAAAGUGGAAGAUAAAAAAGAUAAAGUGUAUUUGUCAUCACAAAAGCCAGUGUUUCAUCCUUUUUCCGGACACGGUUACCGAUUAGGAAGUGCUACUCCAAGGAUAAUCUCCAAAGUAAGAGAUGAUCAUCAAGGACCUGACAACAAAAGGCACCUCCCUUUAGUACCCUUAAACAAUUUGGAGCCUAUCACUAACAUCCAGAUCUGGCUAGCUGAUGGAGAAAGGAUAAUUCAGAAAUUCAAUGUUUCUCACAGAAUAAGCCAUGUCAGAGACUUCAUAACAAAGUAUCAAGGAUCAGAGGGAAGUAUCCCCUUUACGCUGACAACUUCGCUGCCAUUUCGAGAGCUGCGAGAUGAGACGCUCACGCUAGAGGAAGCCAAGUUGCAAAAUGCAGUUGUUGUUCAGAGACUUCAGAAAACAACUGAACCUUUCAGGCUCUUAACGAUGAAAACACCUGACAAUGACUAUAAAACUGCUGCUACACCCAAUGGACAGCUCAAGAAUGAGCAAAAAAACACUAUUAAAAGUACAUGAUCAAAUUGGCUUUUAACUGGCCAAAACCUGCAUGCAGGUUGGAACUAGACAAAACCAAAAAUGUAACCAGCAAUAUCUGGAUGCACUCUCAUCCUCCCGUACUGUGCUCUUAGAGAGCAAAAUUUGUGCUGUGCUAUCAUUUGCUGUAAUAGAAGUAUUUUUAACUAAAUUUGGUGGUUAGAGACUGGCUAUAAUGUAGCAGAGGUAACUGUAGAACAGGUCAUCCCUAGAAUUUCCUUAGGUAGAAAGCUUCUAAGUUCUUUAGUGAGUAUAUUUAAGUGGAACAGUUCUCUCAGACUUAAUUACUACUGACAGCACCUUUAAAGGAACAAAUGGUAUUUAUUUUUGCACUUUGGACAGUGAGACUGAACCGAUUGUUUCACUUACAUUUUAAAGUAAGCUGCUGCAGUUUGCAUUCUUCUCACAGUAACUUUUAGGCAACAGAUGUUCAGGGAAGCUCACAUUUGAACUCUUAUCUAACUUGUAAACCUUCAGUAUCUUCAGGAUUUAACUUCUUCACAAGAUCUGCAGUGUAAUGUUCUGUCACGUCUUCACAUGGUGGUAGGUGCAUGUGUGAGAAGAUAGAAAUGAGGUAGUCUGGCUCAUACUGCAUAUGAAGUGCCUCAAAGAGAGAUCUGAAAGAAUUGUUAUUACUAGUACUAGUGGUAGAGGGGGUUUCUGCCUCUCUCGUGCUGCUACGAGUGUCUUAGAGAUUGUGAUGUUAAACUACCUAGCUCAUUAGGAUAGAAAUCCACUUUUAUAGCCUUGUUGCACAAAAACUUAAACUUUUGUGGAGAUAACCAUACAGAAUAGUGGCUUAGACAGAUGUAGUUGGCUUCAUACUAUGUAUCUGCCUGUGUCCUGAACUGAGACAAUAAUUGCAUGUGGCCAAGUUUCAAAGAUGCUGAAAAUCCUUAUUUGAAAACAGGUUUCUUUCCUUUUCCCCUCACUCCCCCUGCCCCAUUUCCAACCAAAUUUAUUAUUUUUGUAUUCAUGUACUUGACGCAUAAAAUCUGUAGCCAACUAUUCCAUGUUUUGCUAAAGGAGAUAUCAACAUAAAGAUUAAAUAUUUUGUACUGUGUUUGCCAAGUAGCAUGUGGGUUUGUGAAUGGAACUAGAGUCUCUAGUAAGCUUUCAAUGAAUGUUAACUAGUCUGUGCUACCUAUGCAAACAGAUGAUUGUUGGAUUGUAAUUCUUUUGCAUUGUAAAUGAAAGAUGGGUUUGAGAUUUCCUGGUUUUGUUCUAAUUAGAAAAAUUAUAUAAUUGGACUGACUUGAAUUUCAUAAAAGUUCUGUUAAUUCAAA